AUGUGCAGCAAUUUGACGAGCCUAAGACAUAUCUAAUAUAUGUGAAAUAUCGAAUCAAAAAAAUUUUGUUUGAUUUUAAGCAAAUCUACGGAAAUCGAUUUUUACGAAAAUGGUCACUUUGGUGGGCAUUGACGACUUGCAUAGCCUUACAAGUAAGCAGCUAUUCACAAACAUUAUGGGGCGAAGUGCAAAAGGAGGAAACAACGCUUAAUGGCUUGGCAGAAGCCAUCUAUACGGCUUCUGCUGUAGCGAUAAUGUUGAUGGAUGUAAUAGCAAUUGAUUGGGAUAAAUGGGACGAAGCGGCUUUGGUACUAAUUUCAAGCAUCGAUUGCGCUUUACUGCUACUAUUUAGCCAAGCGCAAACAAUCUGCGUGAUGUAUAUUUGUUACAUUUGCUAUCGUACACUUUACCAAGUAAUGAUAACCAUUGCACAAUGGAAUUUGGCCAAAAAGAUGGUCAGUGAAAGUUAUGGAUUGAUAUUUGGUCUGAAUUCAUUUGUGGCACUCAUUUUGCAAGCGCUGUUGACAAUGAUCGUCGUGGAUAAACGCGGCUUUGGUAUGACAGUACGAUCACAGGUUUCAUUUUCCUCCAUUUAUUUCACAUUUGAAAUCUUUAUGAAUAUGAAUAAUCUCCUCUUUGGAAUCUUCUUGACGUUACGUGAACAUACGUGUAUGCGUCAAGUAUAA